CUUCGCUUUCGAAAGUUUCACAUCCGCAAGAGAGCGGCAAGGCAAGACAACGCGAAGUAGGCAAAGAAGUCUCGCGCGCGAACUCGGUACGCUGCAGGCGAUGACCGCAUUCAUAUGAGUUUUUAUUAUAUUGUGAGUGUGCUGUCGUGUUCUCCGUUCCGUUAAAGUGCUUGCGAAAAUGCUGUAUAGGUGAACUAUCGGAAUAUACAAAGUGUUGUGAUUGUGAAUACUAUUCUCUAGCUCUUCUAUCUCUCACUGUAUCUCAAAGGUUGUAAAAAUGCCUUGCUCAGCGGUAACUCUGUCUAUAGCGACUAUUACAGCGAUUGUGGCUGCUGCAUUGAUGGCAAUAGCAUUUUCAACUGAUAACUGGCUUUAUAUUGAAGUAAAGCGCUCUAGUAUUCAGCAAUAUGCAGCGGAGAACUCGGCAGGAAACUCGCAGAUCCUAGACAGUCUGAACAACAAGUACUACUUCUACACGCGGACGCGGGGCCUCUUCCGCAUCUGCUAUCCGAAGGAGCGACCUCCCACUGUGGAGAUCUACCUAUCGCCAGUGGAGACACACUGCAGUAAUGUGGACUACUUCAUACCAGACGAGAACAACGAAACGAAAGGACUCUCCGACGAUGCUAUGAACAGACUGCACAUGGCGCGGUCGACGGUGGCACUAUUCAUCGUGGCGUUCCUCUCUCUGUUCAUCGCGUUCUGGACCGGCGUCGUCGGCUGCUGGAAGCGGAGUCCCGGCAACAUUACCGCCACUGCCAUACUCAUGCUCGUCACUUGUUUGUUAUCGGCAGGAGCGAUGGCUCUAUGGCACGGAGUGGAAUUCUACGAGAAGGAAAAGGUAGUCGGCGAGGAGUAUUAUCAGCAGUGGCCCAACGUGCUAAAAGACAACUCGUCGAUAUGGUACGACUGGUCAUACAUCCUGGCCUGGUUGGCUGUGGGGGUCUCCUUCGGUAGCUCCGUACUCUUCUUCUCCGCCGCCAUCUGCCUCAGCAAAGAGAAGCGGCGCGAACAGCAGAAUAACGUCCAGUACAUUAUGCCAGUGUACCCGCAAAAGCAGCAAUACGCGUACGCCGGGUACCCGCCGCCGCAGGCGUACCCCGGCCCCUACUACCACGGCUCGCAGUACGGGCCCUACAACUACUGAGCAUGUGACCAGAUGAGGGACCUCGUGGCGGCGCACUUCGCCAACGCGCCCGCCCCGCAGGCACCCGCGCGCAACCAUACCCCCUCCCCCUGCCUGCCCCAUAGACAACCCUCCACAUCAUCCCUAGAGACAUACAACUCCCACC